CUAGUAAUGCCGAGCGUGCAAAUGGCUGAGCGUCGGCCAUCAUGGCUUUAAGUAGGGACCGUGUCACGCGAAUAUGUUUUUCAAGUGAAAAAUCUCUCCUGGCGCGUUUGUAAUCGUGUCGAAUGACAAUGGCUACGCGAGGAUGAGGCCCUGAGCGUCCUUCGUGUGGGGUGAUUCGGCCGUAGGGCCCUAGACAGGCCCAACCCUGAACAAGACUCACGCCCCGACACCCGACCCCACUUCCCCCCAUCACACACGGGUCCCCUAGUGUUCCCAUCACAUUAUCAUCGACAAACACAUUAUAUUCAUAGUCUUGCCAACACGGCAGUUGUUUAUCAAUUUUGCGUCAAUUGAAAAUACAACUUUGUCAACAUGAGUAAAGUUUCGUUCAGGGCGCGCCCCCUGGAAGCGUCCAAGCCCAUGCCAAUAUACAUGGCCGAGGAACUUCCUGAUCUUCCUGAUUAUUCCGCCAUCAAUCGUGUUGUGCCUCAAAUGCCUAGCGGAAUGGAAAAAGAGGAAGAAUGCGAGCAUCAUCUUCAAAGAGCGAUGAGUAAAGGAUUAAUCAUUCCUACCCCUGAGGUAACAAAUUUAACUGACGAAGGAAUCUACGAUAGAAUUUAUCCCGCUGACUAUAAAUUACCUCGACAACUUAUUCACAUGCAACCUUUCGCAAUGGAGCAGGACAUUCCAGAUUAUGACAUGGAUUCCGAGGACGAACGAUGGGUCGGAAUACAGAGUCGAAAAAUGGACCUGACUCCGUUGCAGUUCGAGGAAAUGAUGGACCGGCUCGAAAAAAGUUCUGGUCAAACUGUAGUCACUCUCAACGAGGCGAAAGCGCUUCUAAAAGAAGAUGACGAUCUCAUCAUUGCAGUUUUUGACUAUUGGCUCAACAAACGUCUCAAAACGCAACAUCCGUUACUUUUAACGGUGAAAACGGAACAUCGUAUCGGCUCGGCAGUAAACAAUCCGUAUCUCGCAUUCCGACGACGAGCUGAGAAAAUGCAAACGCGAAAGAUCCGUAAAAAUGACGAGACAAGUUAUGAAAAAAUGCUCAAGUUGCGACGUGAUCUCAGCCGAGCUGUGACUCUUCUCGAGUUGGUAAAAAGACGCGAGAAAACGAAACGAGAGCAUCUUCAUUUGACCAUCGAAGUCUAUGAAAAGAGGUAUCAAGCGCAGGACUUUAGUGGACAAAUUCUCACGGAAGUAUCGGCACUGAAGACUUCAAGACCUGCUUUCGCUCCACUAUUCACAAAUCAGUUUGGCGUCCACCAAAAUUGGGCUAACAAAGUUUGUGGAAAGGACGAAGUGAUUCCGAGGAAAGAAAAACGACAGUACAAGAAGCGGAAACACAAACCGGACACGAGAGGUGGACUGGAUGAUGUGAGAGGUGGCACGGGAAGCAGCGGUGGUCGAGGAAGUCGAGCGGCUCUUGGAAGCGGGCUGGACCCGCUGAUCAGUUCAGAUGAAGACAGUCCUCUUCCGUCACACUCGCACACUCAACCUUCACUUCCAUUGGAUCGCACUGACGACGAGACGACUGACGAAGGUCAAUUCGCCUUCAAGCGAACCAGAUAUAACUCUUACUUACCGCCUGUAUCAGGUGGAUAUGGAAAUUGGCCUUGGUGCGAUAGGGAUGAAGGUGGGUUAGCCGAUAAAAGAUUCAGGUUCGCCCUGACGAGCAUUAGAAAACCGACACCAAGGUGCAUUGGCCUUGCAAGACGACGAGUUGGUCGAGGGGGCAGAGUAAUUUUGGAUCGUUGUCCGAGCGACAUGGACGACAUGUGGUCUUCUUUGGAUUUCACGAUACAUGAACCAAAACGAGAACCAAUUGAUCCAACGGCGACUGCCACAACUACGACUGCAGUGAAGAAAGAAAUAUUGCACUUUCGGCCGAAGACGCCACCGAUGUCGCAGAGUCCUCCUUGUGAAUCAGGCGGCAGCAGUUGCAGCAACAGCAGCGAUUCCGACUCGGAAAUGGAGUCAUCCUCGCACCUGAGGCCGGAAGUUAUGACACCCUAUCCCUUCCCGGCGGAGGUGACAUCAAUAUGCGUUGACGUGGAGUCCGAUCGUCCCGGUGACGAGCCGCCCUUCACCUCUGAAUUCAAUAUUUCGGACUACUUUUCAACCGACGCACUGUCGGACUUUGACCUGGCGGUUGGCAGUGUUUUGCCAAUCACGAACAAUAAUAUCCCAAGCGAGUCGCGAACAGACGAACUCGAGCCAAUCGGAUCAUCUCGCUUCAUCCUGAGCGCGGAAAACUCAGGCUUUCCCCUGCCGCCAAAUCGACCCCCCCAGUGCAGUGCUAGUGAUAGUGUAAGUACAAAUAAUUCGACAAAUUUCCUCAUCUCGUCCACGAGUUCGAGUUCGCCGUUCUCGUCCUUUUCUUCCUCAUCGUCCUCCGCGACAUCCAACACAGUUACGUCAACUCACGAACAAUCCACGUCCCUUAUAAAUCGAACCAAAAAUAGACAAUUGAUGAAUAAUGCUUCUUCUGUCGCCAACGCCGCCAACGCAGCUUCGAUACUCUCGAAAUCUCUAACUAGUCCAACGAACAAUAAAAGUAACGUCGUCGUCGGCGGUGCUAAAGUUCUCGGUAAUAUGGGAAACGGACAUCAGAAUGGACCGCUGGUUGUUCACAAUUCCAAUAUUAAUAAUCUUCAGAGCAGCCAUCUUCCCAACAAUCAAUCAUCAACCAUCAUUCUUCAAACGCAGAAGCAAGCGCCGUCCAAUUUGCUGCCGGGCAUCAUCACCCAGAACAACAAACUCGUCAGCCUCAGACAGCAGAUUCCAACGUCCGGGGAAAUUACGCUUAAAAGUAGCAAUAGUGAAGGAAUGGAAAUGGAAGUUGACGGAGUGGAAUCAUCGGCGUGCGAUGGGAAGCCACAACAACAGCAACUAGUGCGAACGAGUAAAACAAAUUCACUCGCAAUGGAAGUGACAUGAUGCCUGCUAUUGGCACCCCUGUCGUUGCCAUUUCGUCACUGGGGGCUUCGCUGACUACCUUGCCGAUGUCUACCCAAUCUGUCUUUUUUUUCUUUUUUUUUUGGACACUGGCUACAGACUGCGUACACUUUUUGGCGCUUUCCUUAUCAUCGCUCAUCGACGCUUUUGCCACGACUCGAUAAAAUCAUUUUUCAUUUGUUUUCCAUUUACGUCGAUUCACUCAAUUUCCAACAAUCGCUUUUAAUUUCUCUCAUCUCUAUUUUCAUCUAUUUUUGAAACUAAAAAAUUAAUUUCUUCGAAAUUCAAAGACGUUUCAUCAAUUUUUUUUUUAUUUUUUGUCCAUAAUUAGAAAUUAAAAUUAUUUUUUUAAUUUCGAGUAUCUGGAUUCUUUUGCGAUUUUGUGGUAUUUAUCGAAAGGGGGGUUUUUUUUUUCUUUCGACGAAUAUAAUUAAUUAUUCUGCGCAAAUUGUUUGCUAAAAAGUGAAUUUUUGGUAUUUUUUUCAAUAUCGAUAUUUUUUGUCAAAAAAAAAAAAAAAAUUUGAUCUAGUCGUGGCAGUGAAUUUCCAGACGCGUUCGAAAAUUCCUGUGAAUAUUCAGGAAUUUUUCUUUCGCCCCUCACAUAUUGUACUUGAUAUUCCAUAAAAACUAAGUAAUUGUUCUUCCAAGCAAGUCACUUUUCUCGAGGUUCGAAUCUUUUAAUCGCAAAAAAAAGCAAAGAAAAAUUGAGUCUAAAAAUCGGAAAGUUGGAAAAAUUUGUGAGUUUUGUGAAGUGUGAACAAAUUUUUUCGACGUGUUGAUUGAUUUGUCAAUAAUUACCUCUGAUUUAUUGUAAUUAUAAUUAUUAACUUAUUUUUUGAAUUUUGAAAUUGUCCGAUUUUUCGACAAUCUACGUAAAUAAAAAAUGUAAUUAGUGUCUGGAAAUUGAAAGAACGUCGUCUAGAGUUGAUCGCGGGAAAAAUUAGCGUCGGGACCUACGAGGUAUACACAUAACGGGUAUAUCGUGACACUCUUGUCUUUCAUGUUAGUAGCCGCGAAUGGUUUAUACAAAAAAAAGUACAUAACGCUUUACGAAAUUAGGGUAAUAUUUAUUGUGAGAAGAUAUUCCAUAUUUUCUAAUUUCGCUCACUUGGGCAACGAAUUACCCUCUAUUUUCUUUAUGGUCAAUUUUCUUUACUGAUAAAAAAAAAUUAUUUUUACGUAAAACUAAGUAUCGAAAUUAAAAUUUUUUUAAUUAAGAAAACGGAAAAAUUACAAUAGUCAAAUUGAGCGAAUUUAAAAAAUAGGGAUAAAAAUAUGGUUUUUUGUCGUUUUACGCGGACUCGGAUUUUAAAAAAUAAGGAGAGAGAAUGAGAGAAUGAGAGAAAGAGAAAGAGAGAAUCUGUUGGCACGAAACAACAGUGACAUUAACGAAUCUAAAUGUACACAAGUUAUUCGUAUUAAAGGGUCUUAGCUUACCUGUAUCUAUAAUCCAUAGGCGUACACUCGCUCUUCUACGUAACAGUCUGUGCGCUCUUGUUAACAA